AUGGGACAGAGUGCACCAUCAGCAAGUUUGAAGAUAAUACAAAACUCCAAGGAGUGGCUGAUACAGCAGGUGGGCGCGCUGACAUUCAGAGGGACCUCAGCAGCCUUGAGAAACGGGCAGACAGGAACCUCACGAAGUUCAACAAAGGGAAAUGCCAAGUCAGGCACCAGUACAGGCUGCAGGCUGACCAGCUGGGAAGCAGCUUUGCAGGGAGACCUGGGGGCCUUGGUGGGCAACAAGUUGAACAUAAGCCACCAGUGUGCCCUCACAGCAAAGAAGGCCAACAGCAUCCUGGGCUGCAUUAGAAAGCGUGUCACCGGCAGGUCGAGGCAGACUAAAACUGGUAUUGCAUUGUUGUAUGAUGAAGUAUCUGAAAAUGCCUAUGACAUCCGACUGAAGCUUACAAAAGAGGUAUUAACAAUUCAAAAACAAGAUGUCGUCUGUGUUAGUGGAAGUGAUCACAGUGCAAAUGUUAAUGGUAUUAAUGUAGAAAGUGCUACCCAUGAAGAAGUGAACACCUGCUGGUUCAGUCUUAGAGUAUGUGAGGAAGUGUGCUGCAUAGACACAAGUUUAGAUAACCCACACUUUAUUAAAUGGAAGAUUAUGUGUAAUCUCAUGCCAGUUUGGCUGACAGGUGUUCCAGAGUCACCAUGGGUGAAUACAUUUGGAGAGGAAGCUACAAGAUCUGGGAGUAGUGGGAAAGGAGGUCAAUUUAGUCUAUCUACUGCUUACCAGCCUCACAGCUGGCACUGUGGAGAUGGUUAUGUAGAUGUCGGAUCUUGGUUGCACCAAAUGUCAGUGAUUGCUAAUGGGAUACAGAAUCGUUCCCUCCUCCAGGUCAGCAGCUCACAUCUGUCCCAGGCUCCAUCAUCACCUUCUUCACCCAUAGCUAAUGAACCAAAAUACGAGAAGCGCUGGCUAGACACCUUAUCAGUUCCACUGUCGAUGGCUCACAUCUCGAGGUACAAAGCUGGAACAGAUAAAUUAAGAUCUAAUGCAUUUGAAGUGCUGGCACUCGAUGGAGUUAGUACUGGGAUACUUCAGUUAUAUACAGCCCAGGAGAGUGCUGACUGUCUGAGAGCAAUAUCAACUAACAUCAGUGGUUUGACACUUCAAAAUAUGAAAAUGACAAAUAAAUGCUGUUCUCCCUCAGACCAGGUCAUACAUAUGGGAUGGGUAAAUGAGAAACUUGCAGGAACUCAUUCAUCUCAGCUCUACAAAUUCAAGUUUCUGGCACUGAAGGGUUCAUCCUUCUACAUUUUCAGCACUCCACCGGUAAGCACACUAGACUGGGUACGAGCUGAAAAAAUCUAUAACCUCUGUGAGGUUCUGUUUAAAAUUCACAAGAUGAAGAGUCACAUACUGAAACAUGUCUUUCAGCUCUGGCUUGCUGAUGAUUGCUGGCUACAAGCAAACUUGUAUUUAGGUAUUCAUCAAGACUAUGAUCUUGAAGACCAGAGGCCAUAUUGUUUCAGUGUUAUGGUUGGACAUGGCAAGAGUCAUUAUUUCAAUGUAGAGCUUGGCAGUGAGUUGGCAGUGUGGGAGAAAUCUUUUCAAAGAGCAAUUUUCUUGGAAGUUCAAAGAACAGGGGUAAGUAAUGAAUAAUUUGAAUCCUGGAGCCAUUUCAUCAGUAAAAUAUUCUGUAACAAAUUUUAGCAAAGUUACUGCAUAUGUUUAAUAAUUGUUUCAGAUUAAUAUGCACUGUGAGUAAAGAUCUGAGUAUACUUUAAUACACCAAAGGCUUCUGAAAGCUUCAUCAUCACAUAAAUAUUUAUCUGUCUAUGACUGUGUGAUAACACUGUAUGAGUAUAUUAUGACAGUUUGAAAAUUAGAAGUAGUAAUGUAUAAAUUUACUUUGAUUACAAUAAACUGGAAAUUGAUACAUUCUGC